UUCUUCCACACUCCCUCUCUCUCUCUCUAUCUCUCUACCAAUCUCUCCCUCUCUCUCUUUCUCUCUCUUUUUCUCUCUCUUUCUCCUCCCCUACUCCCCCUCCUGCUCCCCCCUACUGCCUCUCUCUCUCUCUCUCUCUCUCUCUCCUCCUCUCAGAAUCAGUCUCUCCUCAGUCCGCGUGUAUGUGUGUGUAAGUCUGUGUGAGUGAGAAGCGCCCCAGAAUCCGCGGCCGCAUCCAUGGAGCGCCUGUUCCGCCCGCAGCCUCUUCACUCCGUCCCGUUCCGAGCUGCUGCCGCUGCCGCUACUGCGGGUCUAUAGGAGGGAGGGAGAGAACCGCGCACACCCUGCAGUGAAUCACUCCGCGCUCCGGCUAGGGCCUCUCUCCGCAGCCCACAGUCUGAAACUUUUCCCGGCUCCCCGCUCCUCGCUCUGCUCCGGGCCGUCAGCGCUGGCGAUGCUCAGCCCGAGGAAGGUGAACGGGAAGCGGCGGAGGAGGAGGAGAAGGGAGCUGCUGGCCGGGCAGCUGUGCCUCAUGGGGCUCAUGCUCGCCCUGCUCUCGGGAUUCGCGAGCCUGGCUCAGAACUCCGGCCACGUCUCCUCUGAGGUCAGUGACAAGUGGGAGAGCCGCAAGCUGCUGCAGCACUUCACCAAUGACACUGAGGAGCUGGAACCGCGCUCUGCCAAGAACUGCACUCCUCCAGGUGUACACGAGUUUCCAGAUGACAUUUUUACCAAACAGGAGCGAAUGGAGGGAGCUGUGGCCCUGCACGUUUUUUGCGCCAUGUACAUGUUUUAUGCCCUGGCUCUGGUGUGUGAUGACUACUUUGUGCCCUCCCUGGAGAAGAUUUGUGAGCGCCUGCACCUCAGUGAAGAUGUCGCUGGAGCAACAUUCAUGGCAGCCGGCAGCUCAGCUCCUGAACUCUUCACCUCUGUCAUAGGAGUGUUCAUCACCAAAGGAGAUGUGGGAGUGGGAACAAUCGUGGGUUCUGCUGUUUUCAACAUCCUCUGCAUUAUUGGAGUGUGUGGAAUCUUUGCCGGACAGGCGGUGCGGCUCUCCUGUUGGACCCUAAUGAGAGAUUCUACAUACUACACUAUCUCAGUGACCACUCUAAUUGUGUUUAUCUAUGAUGAGAAGGUGACAUGGUGGGAAUCUCUUGUCCUGAUUCUGAUGUACCUUGUUUAUAUUUUAAUAAUGAAGUGUAACUCACGUGUGGUGCACUACUUAGAGAGGAGGAAGAAGAACUCCACUAACCUGGGGAACGGCACAGCCAGCAACACUGACCUGGAUGACGGCUGUGACGCCACUGCUGUGCUGCUCAAAAAAGCUAAUUUCCACAGGAAGCCGUCUGUGCUGAUGGUGGAUGAGCUGCUGUCGGCAUAUCCACAUCAACUGUCCUUCUCCGAGGCCGGAAUGAGGAUCAUGAUCACUAGCCACUUCUCCCCACGCACACGGCUCACCAUGGCCUCCCGCAUGCUCAUCACAGAGAGGCAGCGACUGAUAAAUGGUCAUUUCAGUAACGGAGACUCUGAGGUAACAGUGAAGAUUCCAGGGAGGCGUGGGGUGGAGAACGGUCUGGUGGGGGUGGAGCGAGGCCUGAAUGUUCGAAGGAGUCAUCAUGAUGAUGACAGGUGUGGGGCAGAUGCUGGUACUGACACAGAGAAUGAGAACGAGGAUAACGAGAACAACGAGAAUGACGGAGAGGAGGAAGAGGAAGAUGACAAUGAGGGACCCUAUGUUCCUUUCCGCUGCCCAGGGGGAGUAUGCAAUAAGUUUAAGUGGCUGCUGGCAUGGCCGCUGAGUCUGCUACUGUUCUUCACUGUGCCCAACUGUAACUCGCCCCGCUGGGAGCGCUGGUUCAUGUUCACCUUUAUCUCCUCAACCCUGUGGAUCGCCGGUUUCUCCUACAUCAUGGUGUGGAUGGUCACAGUGAUCGGGUUCACUCUGGGCAUCCCAGAUGUCAUCAUGGGUAUAACGUUCUUGGCUGCGGGCACCAGCGUUCCUGACUGCAUGGCAAGCCUUAUAGUGGCACGGCAAGGCCUGGGUGAUAUGGCAGUAUCUAAUUCCAUUGGAAGUAAUGUGUUUGACAUCCUGGUUGGGCUGGGUCUGCCCUGGGCCCUCCAGACUCUUGCUAUUGACUAUGGCUCAGUUAUUCAUCUGAACAGCAGAGGCCUCAUUAUCUCAGUUGGACUGCUUCUGGCAUCUGUGUUCCUGACGGUUUUGGGCGUGCAUCUGAACAAGUGGACCCUGGACAAACGCCUGGGCAUCCUGUGUCUCCUGAUGUACGCCGUUUUCCUGUGUUUCUCCAUCCUCAUCGAAUUCAACGUCUUUAUUUUCGUCAACCUGCCCACUUGCCACUGACAGCACUUCUCUACAUUGCGACCCCCUCUCACUCUCUCUCUCUCUCUCUCUCGAUCGGUCCUGCGAGGGCUCAGGCGCUGGUCCUCCGUCUGAGGAAGAUCUGAUCUGUCCUUUGUGAAAACUUUUAUUUAUUGAUCCUGUAAUUCCUCUCUUCUUUGCGAUGCUGAUGGAGCCCUGAGUCAGUGGCUUUGGCCAGUAGAGAUGUGAUGGGAGGAGCAGAGCGGAGUGGAGCGGAGCGGGGUGGAGCAGAGCGCGGAUCUGUUCAAAGAACGCAGACUUCUCAGACAGGACAGGAAGGUGAACCGAGAUGACUACUGCCUGGUUUGAUGUGAAAACAGAAGAAAAAAAAAAUACAAAGGUUUUUGAAUAUUUUCUAUGGAUAUGAAAAUACUGAAUUGUUAUUGAAAUAUGAUGAAUAUUAUCUCUAUUAUCUUUUAUGACGACAUUUGUUUACUAGCUGCUAAACUGGCUGAGAAAAAAGGCUGGACUGACGAUUUGCCACGAUGUACUGAGUACUUCUUAAGAUGAUAAUCAUCGAAACUAUGGUUAUAAAUAUUGCUACUAUAAUGCGUUUAUGAUUUUUGAAUGAUGAUUUCUUAAGCAAUUUCUUUGGGACUAGCCAAAACAAAAAGGUACUGGUGACCUGUUGUGUGUGUAAAUAUAUAUAAAUAUAUAUAAUUAUGGACAGUACUGAUGUGGUUACAGAGGUGACUGGAGAUUCCUCUCUCUUACCGUGGGCAUUAUUCUCACCACCUAGUUCAGUCCUCCCUCCCCAGCUGUGUCUGGAUGCCAUGGACUGUUUUGUUUGAGGGAAUUUGUUGAAAAUGUGUUAAAUGAGAUUAUGUUUACUUUCUAGAUUAGGCGAUGAGCUGGGGAAAGAUUGAAAAGAGGUUGCUGUAUGUGAAAGGGGUUUAAUAUUAGAUAAUAUAUUUCCAUUGUAAAUGCUCUGGACAGGUUUUUUUUUGUUGUUGUUCUCGAAGGUCAUGAGGGAAGGUCAUUUUGCGUAGCGGCUGUAUACAAGCCUGAACACAGACUUUUGUGUGAGGGCUGUACUCCGCUUGCCAACAGUAAUGUAUUUAUGUUUAUAAAGUGGGAAUAUGCUGACCCUGGUAUAAGGGACGUGUAUAAAAGAUGUUUACGAAUAAUUUUACGUUUUAUCUCUAUUACUCUGUAUAUAUUGAGGCAGAGAUUAUUCUAUUUAAUAAUUUAUUGAAGAAAAAAAAAACUAUUUAUGCACAUUAAUUUCCUCUUGCAGUCCUAAACAAACAAACAAACAAAAAAAAAAAAAACCACAGCUGUCCCAAAGAAGAGACCAUUUUGGAGUUUCAGCCAAGCUAUGUCACUUUAUCUUUCAGAGCUUUGUGUCACAUAUUUUUAGUCCAACUCUCUUUCGGCACAUCGGAGUGGUCUGAUCACUGGUAGGCGUGAUCAGACAGCAUGUAUGUAUGUGUGUGUGUGUGUGUGUUUGUGAGUGUGCGUGGGUGUGUGUGUGUAUGUAUGUUUAUCCCAGUGUUUUUUUUUUGUUUUGUUUUGUUUUUAAUAAAAAAAUAAUGUUCACAAAAAGGGUAAAAGGACCAAGUGAAUUGCAAAAACCCACGUAGCUGAUUAGCAGGAAGACGUCCUGGUAAAAUGAAGCUAAUGUCUUUUAAAGGUUGGAGUUUAGUAAAGCUUUUUUUGAACAGUCCAGCCGAUGUGGAUCUGUUGAUUUUAUGCAGAUACGCCACUGAUCUCAGAGCUUUCUGCAAUUACUAGACUAGAAGUUCAAAGGAUUUGAGACAGAGCAGCUGUUGUAGAGUCAUGGAAGCUCAUCUGUUCGACUGACUGCUUUUCACAGAUUCUAACUGGAUGACUUCAUCAUAUUUGGAGAAACACCACCUGGAUUUCACUUGGAAUCAUUCGAUUACUCAGCUGAUUAUCACUUGUACCAUAUCUGAGAACUAUGAACUAUGAACUGCUGCAGUAGCACAACAGGCAGUGCAACCUACAGUUGAAUUUAGUGGUUUUCGGAUCCAAAGUAGCAACAUAUUACAUUAUGUGGGGCAUAUCCCACUCCAUAUCACACGGCACAUUACAUAACGUGUUUUAUGCACUGACCAAUUCACUCAGUCUUACUGAUCAUAUCUUACAAAUCAGUAGAGUUUAGCUACUAGAAACUUGUCAGCAAAGUAUUUUUAUCACACAAAAAGUAAAAAAAAAAUGUUUGUAUUUUGUAAUGCAAUGUUUUAAAUUGUUCUCUGCUUUCAAACUUAGUCUGUGCAUCAACUGAACUGAUAUGUACAUAUACUUUUGCUCAAAAGCUAAAAAUCUUUCAUUUGUCAGCUCACUGUUGAUUUUUUUGGUCUUCUUUUCUGUAUAUUUAGUCACAGUUUCUGUAGUACCUUCAUUUUGCCGCUAGGGUAGAUGAUAAUAACAGUGUAUUCUUAGCUCCACUGAAAUGACUUGGUUUGCCAUGAUGAUACAUUUAAAGUUGGCAUAUGAGCUUUUUUUUAUCACUCUGGAAGUAAAUACAUGAGGAUGCGUAAUUAAUUGAUUCAUUUGAUUAAUUAAUUCAUUCAUUAAGCGUAAUUCCAAGAAGUGCAAAAGAGCAGUAUUAGUAAUAAUAGAUGAUUGAGCAAUGUUCCACAGUAACUUCUGCAUCAUGUCAAGCUUGGUUUAUUCAAGAUAGAAUGUAUAAUAUGGAACUGUUAUUCUUGGAUAAUAAGGUUGUUAAAUAUUAGUUAGUUAGUUAAUUUUGUUGUUUUCAUUGGAGGUUAUACAGUAUAUUUAGACGAUUAUUUAAAUAUUGGAGAAACAGGGUUCGUGUUAGAAAUCCAGUUGAUUUACAAUGCAAUAAUAAUCAUUGAUGUGUACAUAUUUUCUCUCGAUAGUCCUUGAAGACACCACACAAUUUAGCAGAGCUGUAUAGCUUAUGUAUGACACAUUUCUCUCAGUAACGGAGGUGAUUUUAGUACAGUGCGUUCACCCUUUGCACCAAUUACAAGCUGUUUGCUUUUUCUCUUAACUUUUUAGGCUACUUUGAAAAAGCAGUGGCUAUAUUCAGGUUUGCAGGUUUAAAUCUCUUUAUCUUUAUCAGUCAUUAAGGACGGGUUUUGUCCGAGAGCACACUAAUACUUUUCUCUUCAUAAGUGCUGAAUGGCCAGUUUCAGUCAAAAAAAAAAGUAAAAAAAAGUGUUGUACUGUGCUGCUGUUCCUCUGUAUGCACAAUAACCACACCACCAACUAUAAGCAAAGGAAAGCACAACUGAUUAGCCCACACCUCUGGGUACAACAACAUUGUUCCACGUAUUUCCCACUCUGACGCUCAUAUCUGCUGGUGUUCUUUAAUGGCUGAGAGCAUUUUAAACACAUUAAAAAUGUGAUAUUAACAGGGUGAUGCAUUGCUGAUGUACAUAUAUACAUACAUGUAAAUGUAUUUAUAUUUUUUGUCUUAACCUGUAUAUCUGUUGACUAUAUUUUCAUAGAUACUGUACAAUGUUUGGGUCCUCAUUUCUGUUGUGUUUGGAUUAAAACGCCCUUUGGUUUGCUAAUUCGCAUGAGGAUAUUUUAAUAUAAGAGCUUAUGUUUAUUAUUCUAUAAUUGGUGGACACUGAAGAGACAGCUGUGAAAUUAGACCUCUUAGAUCAUUGCAUGUUUCUUUUUUGUUUUGUUUUGUUUUUCAGGGGAAUACUGCUGGAUCUUUUGAUUCGUUGAUGAUGGAAAUGUUUAAGUCAGAAUUAAUGGUUUACUAUACAUUUCAGAGAAUAUGGGAAAGAGGUGUUGGCUUUAUGUACUGAAAUUUUUGUUCAGGUGUUUCAAGUGUAUAUCAGAGUACAUUUUUGCUACUCAAGCAUAAAUAAAAUGAUCUUUGCUAAGGCCAAA